AGUAUCGAGUGGAGGAAGAAGAACAAAAUCAUCGAGAAGGGUUUGCGGGUUUGCAUCACACUAAUAAUCUAGCAAUAAUGAGAUUCAAGAAAGGAAGUAAAGUGGAGGUACUGAGCAAGAAGGAGGUGCCUUCUGGUGCAUGGCGUUGUGCUGAAAUAAUCUCUGGGAAUGGGCACAAUUAUGAUGUUACAUAUGAUUGGACUCCAGCCACCACCGAUGAAGUAGCUUUUCAUAGAGUGUCCAGAAAAGCCAUUAGGCCUUCUCCACCCCUAGUAGAAGGUGCAAACGAUUGGGUGCCUGGUGACCUAGUUGAGGUCUUUGACAACAACUCCUGGAGAAUCGCAUCAAUUUCAAAGGUUAUGGGUGGAAAUCGUUUUGUUGUCAGACUCCUUGGAUCUCUAGGGGAAUUCAGAGUCCACAAAUCUGAUCUCAGGGUGCGGCAGUCUUGGAUAGAUAACAAGUGGGUUGUGGUUGGAAAGGGUUCUGCACAAUGUGAAGAUGGAAAAUCUAACAAAUUAUCAACUUCAAGGUUUUACGAGAAGCUAAACUUCCAGGCACCGCUAAAAAGUAGAACGACAAAUUUGUGUGCAGGAGAUGGUCCUUUACCUGAUGAGUACAACCGUUUCCAGGAGUCCCACAUGGUUUCCUCAAGAACGCGGAAGAGGGGCUCGCCUUAUUGCUCAUCCCAUGUUGAUGCACUUACUGGAGCUAACUGUAAAUUGAGAUUGGUUGAGAAAGAUGGUAGGCGUGAAAGAUUGAUUACAGGGCAUCCAUCUCCAGUCCUUGGAAAGGUAGAUGCUGUUGCAUAUCCACGAGAAAUGCUGGGUGAAAAAUACAUGCAUUCUUCCUUUAACAACAGAACAACCAGAUAUUCUGAAAUGGAUAUGGAGAUGGGAACACAAAAUGGAGAUAUUGGAUGUUUUGUUGCAAGAAGCUUAGAACCUAAUGAUGCUGAGAGUAGUGCAUCCUCUGUUGGUAGUUGUAGCAGUGGUAGCAACAGUCCCUAUGAAUUGCAUACUCGUUCUUUAACAGAUCCUAGUCAAGAUAGAGAUAGUACAUUUGAUGAUGCCGAAUCUUUUUGUGGGUGGGGGUCUGAGGAAAGAAGUCCCCUUCCCACAAAAGAGGAAUUGGCGGCAGAAAUUCAUACAUUAGAGUUGCAUGCCUACCGUUGCACCAUAGAGGCAUUAUAUGCUUCUGGGCCCUUAAGUUGGGAACAGGAAACAUUAGUGACAAAUCUCCGUCUUUCACUCCACAUUUCUAAUGAUGAACAUUUGAGGGAGCUAAGGAACUUAGUUUCCUAUGAAACAAACUUUGCUAUCAGUUGAUGGGAAAUUAGUGUCUUAGUUUGCAAGGGUUCCGUUUUCUUUUUUCUUUCUUAUUCUCUUUUCCCUUACGGUAGGAUCUUUUCCCUUUGCAUUAAUGGUCUUUUAAGUCAACAUUGUAAGAAGUAAACAAUGCGUUCUUAUAUUUUGUAGCUCCUAUUUGGAAAUUCAAUCUGUAAUGAUCUAGAUAUGAUUACAGUGACUUUUGAAAUAUCUGUACCAUAAACUUUUAUAAAGCAAUGGAAUAUCCUACCUUGGCU